AUGAGCAAUCGAGAUGGUUCGUGCACAAUGAUCGUAUCAGACACAAGUGGCGAUAUGCCUUAUCACUAUAUUUUAUUUAAAAAAUGAACUGUAACUGAAAAUAUAAAAAUUUAUUGCAAUUAGGCUUAUGAGAUAUAGAACUAGCAUUCUUGCUUAUUAUCCAUAUGCUUUAGAAUUUCUCCUUAUAUAUAGUGUAAAUGAUAGAAGUUUAUUUGAUGAUGUAAAGCGUUUUAUAAACGAUAUUAAAAAUUGCAACACAAAACGUCCUUUGAUAAUGCUUGCUGGGAAUAAAUGCGAUUUAAAAGAUCAAAGAGAAGUCUCAUAUGAAGGAGCUAAAAAUGUCGCUAAUGAAUUUGAUAUUUUUUAUAUAGAAGUGUCUGCGAAAACUGGUUUUAAUACAGAAUGCAUUUUUCUGCUAUUAUGCCAAGCUAUUCUAAAAGAUUUAAAUUCAAGGGUUAAAUAG